CAAUGUAUGAACGCUGGGAAAUCACUCCAUGUUGGGUCGACAGUCACGUAGUUUGAUGCGUCCUAUGUAUCAUCACCUGUGCUGACCGAACCGUUUACAGUGCCGCAAUAUUUAAAUAUCAUUUUCUAUUUACCUAAAUUUUACCUGAAUUACACGCCGCUGAGGACAUCUUCUGCAAAUACCUGGCUUGCGCCUUUAAGAGGCUGCAGUACAGGCGUAGAAUUGGUUGUGGAGAGCGCUGUGUCUCUUUAAGAAGGUUCACCACCCCCAGCCCAACACAGUAUUGAGCGCACGGUAUUCGUAAUACGUCCGUUCUUUUUAUUUUCGACGCUUUUGCCUAUCCUUUAUCGUUUUGCGUGAGAUUUUUAAUCUGAUCCUCUUGUUGAGCAUCCGGAGCGUCAACGGAGACAAGAUGGCUGAGAAAGGAGUAACAGCUGGGAAACUGGCUAGCAACGUACAGAAAAAAAUAACCCGGGCGCAAGAAAAGGUUCUACAGAAGCUGGGAAAAGCAGACGAGACCAAGGAUGUGCAGUUCGAGGAGGGUGUGAUGAACUUCAACAAGCAGCUGGCAGAGGGAACCAAGCUGCAAAAGGACCUCAGAGCCUACCUGGCAGCUGUCAAAGCGAUGCAGGAGUCCUCCAAACGCCUGCAGGAGUGCCUGGCGGAUAUGUACGAGCCAGACUGGUACGGCAAGGAGGAGGUGGACUCCAUCGUUGAGGACACUGAUCUCCUCUGGACAGACUUCCAUCAAAAGCUGGUGGACCAUGCCCUGAUCUCCAUGGAUACGUACCUGGGCCAGUUCCCCGAUAUCAAGGCACGCAUUGCGAAGCGCGACCGGAAGCUGGUGGAUUUCGACAGCGCGCGGCAUCACUUCGCCGCCCUGCAGAAGGGCAAGAAGAAGGACGAGGUGAAGAUGGCCAAGCCGGUCUCGCUCCUGGAGAAGGCAGCCCCUGGCUGGGCUCAGGGGAUUCUGUCAGCGCAUCAUGUCGCUCAAACUAACCUGUCGAGAAACCAGGCAGAGGAAGAGCUGGGAAGAGCUCAGAAGGUGUUUGAGGAGAUCAACGUGGACUUACAGGAGGAGCUUCCCUCACUGUGGAACAGUCGUGUUGGCUUCUAUGUUAACACAUUUCAGAGUGUUGCUGGUCUGGAGGAGAAAUUUCACAGAGAGAUGGGAAAGCUGAACCAGAACCUGAACGAUUGUUUGACCAAACUGGAGAACCAGCACCAGCCUGGAAAGGCAGGUAGAGUCGCUGGGAAGACAGCCGGAUCUGUGAAGAGUGAGAAAGGACCGGACACCACCAAUCACAGCCUCUCUCCUGCCGGGGGCGCACCAGCCAUUCCUAAAUCUCCAUCCAAGCUGAGGCCCGGACCCCCGGUGCCCCCACCGCCGAAGGUCACCCCGUCCAAAGACCUCAAACAGGAAAACAUCAUCAAUCUGUUCGACGACGCAUUCGUGCCCGAGAUAAAUGUAACGUCCCCCUCACAGACUGACACCCCCGCUGGGGGGAAUCUGCUCGAUAUGGAUUUGGAUGCGCUGAAGCCGGCCGUCAGUCCGGGGGGCGUGGCCACCUCCCCAGCCUCCCAGGCGAUGUCAUGGGAUAUGUGGGAGCCUUCCAAAGAAGAGCCACAGCAGUGGGACGAUGACGGAACCCAAGCUGCGCAGACGGGCUGGGACGAUGACGGAACCCGAGCUGCGCAGACGGGCUGGGACGAUGACGGAACCCGAGCUGCGCAGACGGGCUGGGACGAUGACGGAACCCGGCCUGCGCAGACGGGCUGGGACGAUGACGGAACCCGAGCUGCGCAGACGGGCUGGGACGAUGACGGAACCCGAGCUGCGCAGUCAGGGUGGGACGAUGAUGGGAAACAGGUAGGGCUGGAAGAAGAGGAGACGCAGAGGCAGUCUUGGAGGACGGUGGCUCGGACCAGGCUCGGGGGACAGGACAUAGGACAGUGCAGAGAGUUGUCCUGUCCUGCUCUGUCACCCUCUCUCACCUGUCCUGCUCUCUGUCUCUCUCUCUCACAGGCAGACACAGCUGGAGGCACAGCAGGAACAGACUCUAAUGCCGUCCCAGCUGCAGCGACAGAGGAGGUCCCUGGGACAACCAAUGGGUCCGCAGAGGCAGUGGAGAUGCCCCCAGGAUUCCUCUUCAAAGUGGUUGCGAUGCAUGACUAUGCAGCCAAUGACACGGAUGAGCUGGAGAUGAAAUCUGGGGAAGUCGUGCUGGUUGUGGCCUUUGACAACCCAGACGAGCAGGACGAGGGCUGGCUGAUGGGGGUGAAGGAGGCGCACUGGCUCCAGAACAAAGACCUCAACGUCAAGGGCGUGUUCCCAGAAAACUUCACUCAGAGGUUGUGAGCAGGGCGUCCCCGAAUCGGUGUCUUCCCACACCCCUCUCCUCGCCCCGUCAUUCCCACACCACAGGACGUCCGGCAGGAACCUGGGCACGAGAAGCGGCAUGACAUCACCGCCUCGUUACCGCAGCGAGCCCAGGGUGCACCACGCGUACCCAGUCAAGUGAUUUUGAGUUGUGUGUUGAGAGGUAGUGGUGGUGGUGAGUUCAUUAUUGUGUUCGAUGAUUUGUGCUGGUUUUUGUUUAUUUGUUUUUUGUUUUUUUUUUUUUAAUUGUCCUCAGAGUGACUCGGGAGGGUAUUGUAGUGUGUGUAACUGUGUCAGCAAGUGUAUGAUUUUCACCUCCUCGUGGGAACAGCCGGAGUUUCCUCCUCCUGUUACGUGACUGUAAUUGUUAAUAAAAUCAAGAAAGUGUAUAUAUUGGAAAUGGUCUGCUGUUUGCCAGUGUUAAAAUAAACCCCUCCCCCCUGACCCCUUGACCUCUCAGUCCCUCUGGAGGGAGCAGUAAAAUGGCGGUGACUUCUCACCAGAUUGGAUCCGGAACAGUCUUUGCUCCUCUCCAGUGGCUCGCCGCUGAAUCCCUGCAUCUCAAAGUGUUCGAGGAGGACUCCUUCAGUCUCUGUGUUCCAGCUUUGCGUUUAUUGUCCAGCAUUCUCUCCCCUAUCAGAAUACAGAAGACAAAACCCCUGAAACAACACAAAAGUGGAACUUUUGACUGACUCCUUCGGUAUUUGACACAGCACAUGCUACGCUGGUAUCAUGUGAACAUUUUAUGUUUUAAUGUGUAAAAGGUCUUUUUUAUUUCAUGAAAAAAACCUUGGGAGGAAAGUUGCAUGAUGUUCUGUGUGUGAUGUAGUUUUGUGAAAGAAAUGAGAAGUGUUGUGUAGCUGUAUGAAACCCAGACUGAGUUCAGUUGCGUUUUCCCCUCGGGCUCGUCUUCAUGUCACAGGUUCCAGAUACACUUCUACGGUUCUACCGCCAUCUGGCGUGGCUGAAAUAAAAGGGAGUGUGGGAGUAUGUUUUCCCAGGAUGCACUGCUGCUUCUUAUGAAAUUUAAUGUCUUUGGUCUUAGCUGAAUCUCCCUCUAUGCAUUUGUGACUUUGUUUUAUAAAAAGCUGGGCAAAAAUAGGGAAAUUCUGG